UGAAGACACUAAGGCUCUAAGCAGCCAUCGGUAAAAAGAGAGGUCGGGAAUGAUCAGUCAUGGGGUUUACGUGCUCAUGGCCUUUCUGUUGGUCGGAUUUUGCCGAGCAGCAGCCAGGCUGGCGGGAGCUCAAGGGAUAAAUCAUUCCUCGGCGUGUUGACUUCAUCAUUGCUUUUGCGCUGUCAUCUUCUCUCUUUUCCUCUCUCUCCCUGCUCUUCACCGUCAGUUAUUGUCUUCCUGCCACGAUAGAACUAUUUUAUUAGACUAUCUCCUCUCAAUUGACCCCUCUCCGCUCUACGAUCUCUUUCCCUUCAUCGCUUUCGUGACCAGCCAUCUCCGUCCUCACAUACGUCAUCAUUCCGGGCCGCACUCGCCAUGCAGGGUCCUCUAUACAUCGGCUUCGACCUUUCCACCCAACAACUCAAGGGUCUCGUUGUUAAUUCCGACCUCAAGGUUGUCUAUGUCUCCAAAUUCGACUUUGACGCCGACUCCCACGGCUUUCCCAUCAAAAAAGGCGUGAUUACCAACGAAGCCGAACAUGAGGUCUUCGCACCUGUCGCCUUAUGGCUACAGGCCCUUGACGGCGUCCUAGAAGGCCUGCGUAAGCAGGGCUUGGACUUCAGCCAGGUCAAGGGUAUCAGUGGUGCUGGACAGCAACAUGGAAGUGUAUACUGGGGAGAGAAUGCGGAGACGUUGCUGAAGAGCUUAGAUGCAAGCAAGACGCUCGAGGAGCAAUUGGAUGGGGCAUUCUCGCACCCUUUCAGCCCGAACUGGCAGGAUUCGAGCACUCAGAAGGAAUGUGAUGAAUUCGAUGCCUUCCUGGGUGGAGAGAGCGAGUUGGCUCUUGCGACGGGGAGUAAGGCGCACCAUAGAUUUACAGGCCCUCAGAUUUUGCGCUUCCAGAAGAAGUACCCCGAUGUAUACAAGAAGACGCUGCGGAUCUCGCUGGUAUCUUCAUUCCUGGCCUCUCUGUUUUUGGGACACAUUGCAUCAAUGGACAUCUCCGAUGUUUGUGGCAUGAACCUCUGGAACAUCAAGAAGGGUGCCUACGAUGAGAAGCUUCUACAGCUCUGCGCCGGUCCAUCCGGCGUCGAUGACCUGCGACGCAAGCUGGGCGAUGUCCCAGAGGAUGGAGGCAUCCACCUCGGUGCCAUUGAUCGGUACUACGUUGAACGCUAUGGCUUCAGCCCGGACUGCACGAUCAUCCCCGCUACGGGCGACAACCCCGCCACCAUCCUUGCAUUGCCCCUCAGAGCCUCCGAUGCCAUGGUUUCGCUGGGUACCUCGACCACCUUCCUCAUGUCCACGCCAAACUACAUGCCUGACCCGGCGACGCAUUUCUUCAACCACCCGACCACCCCAGGUCUGUACAUGUUCAUGCUGUGCUACAAGAACGGCGGGCUUGCCCGCGAGCAUGUCCGCGAUGCGGUCAACGAGAAGCUCGGUGAGAAGCCAUCUUCGUCAUGGGUGAACUUUGAUAAAGUCACCCUGGAGACUCCGCCUAUAGGGCAGAAGUCUGACUCCGACCCGAUGAAGAUGGGUCUGUUCUUCCCUCGUCCUGAGAUCGUGCCAAACCUGCGUGCGGGACAAUGGCGCUUUGACUACAACCCGAAGGACGGCAGUCUGAAUCAGUCAAAUGGCGGGUGGAAUAAGCCCUUUGACGAAGCCCGGGCCAUUGUCGAGAGCCAGAUGCUAUCGCUGCGCCUGCGAUCCCGCGGUCUUACCCAGAGCCCUGGUGGGGGUAUUCCAGCGCAACCGCGCCGGGUGUACCUAGUCGGGGGUGGGUCAAAGAACAAAGCUAUUGCUAAAGUGGCCGGGGAGAUUUUGGGUGGUAGUGAGGGUGUGUACAAGCUGGAAAUUGGGGAUAACGCUUGUGCUCUGGGUGCAGCAUACAAGGCGGUUUGGGCGAUGGAGCGGGCCGAAGGACAGACCUUUGAAGAUCUCAUCGGAAAGCGGUGGCACGAAGAUGAGUUCAUUGAAAAGAUUGCAGAUGGCUAUCAGCAGGGGGUGUUUGAGCGGUAUGGCCAGGCUGUGGAGGGCUUUGAGAAGAUGGAGUUGGAGGUGCUGCGGCAGGAGGGGAAGCGUGGAGCUUGAUGGCGAAUACAGCAGGCGUAUGACUCGAUUAAUCUAAUAAAUAUAGAGAUUUGAUCUGUG